CUUCUAAACACUUCUCUGCACUUCAUCUCCUUGGUGAACACGGUUUAUCUCCAUCACAGAAAGAUGUCUUGCUCCAGCUUGUGCUAUCCAGAAUGCGGGGUGGCCCGUCCCAGUCCAGUUUCUGGCACCUGCAAUGAGCCAUGCGUUAGGCAGUGCCCUGACUCUGAAGUGGUUAUCAGACCAUCACCGGUUGUUGUAACCAUCCCAGGACCAAUUCUCAGCAAUUUCCCUCAGCAGAGUGAAGUGGGAGCCGUUGGAGCACCUGUGGUCGGAGCUGGCUACGGGGGCUCAUUCGGUUUGGGGGGAUUGAACGGCUAUGGAGGCCAUUAUGGAGGAUUGUAUGGUUUAGGGGGAUUCGGUGGUUAUGGGGGUCUUUACGGUUAUGGAGGAUUGGGUGGUUAUGGGGGACUGUGUGGUUACGGGGGAGGUUAUGGUUAUGGGGGAUUAGGUAGAUAUGGGGGAUUGUGUGGUUACGGAGGAGGUUAUGGGGGACUGUGUGGUUACGGGGGAGGUUACGGUUAUGGGGGAUUAGGUGGUUAUGGGGGAUUAUGUGGUUACGGGGGAGGGUAUGGGUAUGGGGG